GUAGGGAGCGUCCGGUGACCAAGCCAUGACUGGCAGCUACACAGUCACAUAGCAGUUUUGCAUUGAGCAUUUGGAUCAUUCACACUUUCUUUUGGAUCAAUACAUUUGUUGUUGUUUUUUUUAGCUUGCUGGGAAAAGGCCAGACAGGGAGUAAAACAACCUCUGUCACUGCCUCCUGGAACGCCUGAAACAUGGCACACGUCCAGAGGGUGCAGAAGAAGACCAGCACCGUGUCUCUGACCAUCUCCUCUUCCUCCUCUGCGUCCUCCUCUCGAGGGCUCUCCUCCAGCUCCUCCUCCUCCACCGUCCUGGCUCAGAGACACUCCAGCCUGGUGCAGCCGCUGUGUGUCAGCCCUCAGAGGACUCAGAGUCCCAUCUACAAUCAACAGUAUAUAGGGAAUGGAGUGGCUCCCACUUUUGUUAAGUGCCUCCAUGAUGUGUCCACAGUGAACGGUCAGUUGGUGGUCCUGGAGUGCAGACUGAGGGGAACUCCGCCCCUGCAGGUCAUGUGGUACAGAGAGGACGAACAAAUACUGGACUCCGAUGAUUUUAGGAUACUACGCAAGAAGGCCAGCUCUGCAUCAGUGCCAGAGGAGCUGUGUACGCUGGUGAUCACAGAGGCCUUUCCGGAAGAUUCUGGCCUGUUUAAAUGUGUGGCCCUCAACUCCUUCGGCACGGUCUCCUGCUCAGCAAUCCUGGAAGUUUACAACGACCUGGAGGAGCAGCUGGAGAUCGAGGCCAUUCGUCAGCAGGAAGCAGUUUCUCUCAGAGAAGAGAAGGAGGAGGUGUUCCAACAGGAGACUUCCUCCUCCAGAAAGAGCAGCGAGGACUUUCCCUCUGAGCUGCCUGACUCCAUGACCCUCCCCCCCCCUGAGUGGCCUGACAGCCCUCUAGAAGAUAACAUCCCUGUUGCAGAUUUUCCAGAACCUCAGCCGGCCAACCACUCCUCUGGAGAAGCCUUUGGUCGCAGCGAGGAGGAGAGUGCCCUAAGCUCAGAGGGCCAAAGGUCACCAGAGGUCACUGUCCGAGCCUGUACGCCCAGCCCUCCCCUUCCACCCUCACCUCCACCACCAACCCAAACACCCAAGCUGUUCGCCCCAAGCAAGCUCAAUUUCACUUCCUCCCAGACAGGAGGCAACAACAUGAACCUGUCAGACCUGCCUUCCUUCACUCCCAGCACCUUCCCUCCCAGUGCCUUUAACUAUGAGCGACCGAGGCAUUUUAUUCAAUCGCAGCCUUCCUUCCAGGCACCCAGCUAUGAAAGCGUUGUGAGGGAGGCCCAGGAGAACCAAAAUAACUCCCAGCAGAACCGCAACAAACCCCAAAAUAGUCCAAAUGUUACAGAGACACAGAGUCAAACUAAAAUUAUGUCUACACAAAGUCACACUCUUUUGCAGACCCAGUCACAGUUUCAGUCACUAAGCCUCAGUCAGAACCAAACCCAGUCUGUUGCCCAGACCCAGAUCCAGAUCCAGACCCAGGCCAACGGCACGGGCAAGUCCUCUCCCUCCUCAUCCAGUCUCAGCUCUCCUAUUUCCACCCCGGCCUUUUCUGCUGCACCUCCUCUUUCCUCCACCACGUCCUCCUCCCCCUUCCCAGCCUCAUCCUCUCUCCCCCGCACCACCAUGCGUUCCACCAUCACCCUCACCCCCAGCGUCCCCAGUGCCACCGGCCUCGGCAGCGCCACCCUGCCAGCCAACCAGGACACCAUGUCAGCACCUGCUGCUUACCUCUGCUCUGUGCUGCCCUCCCACUCCGCCUUCUCCCCCUUUUCCCCCUCCAAGCUGUCUCCCAACUCCACCUUCCCCACACCCUCCACCUCCCCCUCCCGCUCCCCACCCGCCCCCUCCAGCCCUCUCCUCCCCAUGAGGGCCGCCUCCUCUCCUUCCUCCCUCCCUCAGCAGCCGCUCCAGGUGUCCCCUUCCCUCCCUCACUCCCCUCUCUCUCGCUCCUCCUCCUCUCUCCCACAGCCCAACACUUCCAACAGAGUACCGCCUGCUGUGGUCUCCCUGCCCGCCAGCUACAAAGGGACGCCAAGCAUCCUUCCCAAGCCCAUACUGAAGAAGUCUGUAGCUCCUCGGCCGUCUUCCUCUCGCUCCACAGAUGAAGACAUACAGGGCUCCAAAGACGCCCUCAUCCAGGAUCUGGAAAAGAAGCUGCGCUCAAAGGAGGCCAGGAGGAGAAACAGCCAGAAACUGUCCUAUGAGGAGCGUAUGGCUCGUAGGCUGCUGGGUCCAGACAACGCCACCUACAUGUUUGACCAAGACAAUCUUUCAGACUCACAACUCGACCAGCCAGAUUCACCAGAAGGAAGACACACAGGUGGACUAUGGGGGAGGCACCACUCAGGGACAGAUGAGAGGGGAAAUGAGGGCUCAGCUAUCCAGGAGAAAUGUUACGCUCCUCGCUUCCUGCAGAUCCCUCCAGACCUCACUGUAGAGGAGGGACGCUUUUGUAGGAUUGACUUCAAGGUCGGAGGCCUCCCUACACCAGACGUCUGCUGGUACCUGGACGGUAAAGCCAUUCGUCCAGACGACUACCAUAAGAUGCUGGUGUGUGAAAAAGGGAUGCACUCAUUCAUCAUAGAGAUUGUCACAGUGCACCAUGCCGGCGUGUAUGAGUGUGUGGCCAGGAACCGAGCAGGGGAGAGCAGAUUUACCAUGAAGCUCGAUGUAUUAGCCCAGGAGGUUCUCCGUCCUCCCACCUUUGUCCAGAAGAUGUUGAACUCCAGAGCUCUAGAGGGCGAUACUGUUAGGUUAGAGUGUAAAGUGGACGCCUCCCCUCCUCCACAGCUCUUCUGGAAGAAAGAUAAAGACAUGCUGCGCAUUGACCCAAACAGAAUGAGCCUGUAUCAGGAUGGUUCAGGCCGGCAGUGCUUGUUGAUAGAGAGGUUAAUGAAGUCUGAUGCUGGAUGGUACACUCUCUCUGCCAUCAAUGAAGCUGGCAUGUCGACAUGCAACGCCAGGCUGGAUGUAGGCACUCGCACAGCCCCGCCCAUGAAAACGGCGCCCCCUGCCUCGAAGACGCUAAAGCUGCUGUCCACUCUGAGCCAUGUGCCUGCUCUGACCGUGGAGAGCCCCGCCCAGCACACCGCCCCACUCUACGAGAGUGAAGAGCUGUAGACCCACACUUAACCCCGUCACAUCCUCAGAUAACUGUCACACAUCUCAGAACUGUCAAACUGGGCCGGAGCCUGUAUUCACUGACAUUUCAAAGCAGAUAUAGUACUAAUCAUGCUUUGGUUCAGAAUACAAAUGAACAGCAUUGCAGCAGACGAGGACACACAGAAUACUUUUGAGGCCAAUCCAGGUCAGGUUAAUUAAACAACCAACAUUUUGUUGUGUUAUUGUAUACAGCUGAGUACCAGUUUUAUUUCACAUUUCUUGAACAAAUCGAGUUUUGCCAAAUUUUCAAGAUUAAGGUACAGUUUGUGAAAAUUUUUCUCCAUUAUUAGAAAAAGUUGAAAUUUGUCUCGCUAACACGCAAAAAACAACCCUUCCUCCAUCCAUUAGAUAUUACAACAACCCUAACCGUAAGGAGCUCUUGGUAGCUACUUUGAGAGCAGCGUUUCCAUGUCAAGUGCCUUCUGAGUUAAAAUAACCACACCUCAUACUGUCCAUCUGUUGCUGUUUGUCACCACUGUGCCUGCUCUGUCUGUUUGUUGUUUAUGGCUGCAGAGCUGAUGUUUGAAACAUGUCUGUGCAUUAUCUUGGAACACAGUUUCCAGCUCUCUUCCAUGGUCUAGGUUAGAAAACAGGAAGCAACCUACAUUAACUACAGUACCCACAAUGCACUUUAAUUCUGACAACUGUCUGCUUGUCUCAUCCAGCACCUACCCUCCUUCUAGCUUGUAGCUGAUUUUUUUUUUUGUGUUCGAGCCUUCGAAUUUAAGUUUUUGUCCCUGAAUUGCAGCUGCUGUUGCCUCUGUGUCUGUAAAGCCCCCGUUUAAAGACAGCUCAGAUGAGAUGUCACAGUUGGUUACUGCUCAGAUUCUCUGCAGUGGUAUAAAUUCAGCCUAAUAUGUGUUUUUAAAGUUGGUUUCUAAUAUACAGUGUAUGUGAAUGAAGCUAUUUAUUUGACCUGAAGUUAUGUGUUAGGACUUUAAGUUGCCCAUCUCUUGGCCUGCAAAAGGCUGCAACCAGAGGUGUAUAGUAUCAGCGAGUUGGAGGAACAGGCUGCCAUUCUGAUCAAUACCUUACCUCAACCACUGAACACAAAACCUGAUCUGCACUCAGAAGAAUAUAACUUACUUGGAAAAGCUUACAUUUGAUCACGUUUUUACACUUUACUCAAGAGGAGAAAAUUAUUUUUUUCCCUCCUUCAAUGCAUAUGCGUCAUUAAUUUUGUACGUUCAGUUGAAAACUAGGUAUCAGUUUGUCAGCCUGUGCUCAGAUUUGCCAAACUCUCCAUUUCUGACCAGAGCCUUACAUAAAAAGCUCUAUCAAAAAAAGGCUUGAUGUGCCUGCUUACCUUGGAACUGCUUGUUGUUACCGCCAGCCGGGAACUCAUUUCACAAAAACCUGGUAUUUUUGGCUGGCUCUGCAUGCAAACUGAAAAUCUGGUAUUUAACCCUGUGUGAUAAUAAAAUCAGAGAUGUAGGUCACAAGAUGAAAACUGCAUUUUCUGGUUCAAAUGCUGUGUAGUUGGGCUGCAUUUAAACUAAUGGUUCUAGAUGUAGUAUUUCUACAGUUUGUCAUGAUGUUUGGAUCACACAGGGUUAAACAUUGGAUUAGUUUAAAGCACCACAAUAGUUUUAAGUUAGGCCCUUUCUGUUGAGAUUUGAAACUGCAGGUAGUGGCGUGUAUUCUCCUGAAGUACUGUUUGUUGUGUAAGAAGUUCUACAUAUCACUGGAUGAAUGAGGAAUAAAGUUUCUGUGACCUUG